GAGGAGUACAACGAGCUUAUUUAUAUGAGAGAAGGAAUUUAUAGUCCAGGUUAUUCUUUUAUCUCAACCCAAAAGACACCAUGCUGCUCCUCAUCUUCCUACAACUGCUCUACACCGGAGCUGCUGCAGAAAUAUCCUGCACGACAACGCAUACAAGGCUAAAACAGCUGGAUGCUGGGAAUGGAGACGUUUUCGGGGUGUCAGAUGAUGGCAGGGUAUACUUCUGGCAUUCAACUCAAUGGAGGCAGAUUAAAGGAAACUAUUUACAUGUGACUGUGGGACCAGCAGGAGUUUGGGCGGUCGACAAGCACAACUUGGUUUACAAGCUGCAGAAUUUUGAGUGGAUAAAAGUAUCAGGACUCUUGAAGCAAAUAGAUGCCGGGGGUGAUAUGUUCGUAGCUGGAGUAAAUGCAGAAGAUAAUAUUUACUGCCUGAAAGAGAAGGGAACUGACAUUAGCUACACCCACAUUGAAGGGAAACUCAUGUAUUACAGUUGUGGUCCCCUGGGCUGCUGGGGCAUUAACAACAUCUAUGAGAUCUAUUACCGGAAAAAUGUGACAAAAACAUCUUGCCAGGGAACAGGGUCUGAACAAGUGAAUGGAAUUCUUGUCAUGGUGGAGGUGGGAACAGACGGAUCUGUGUUUGCUGUGACCACAAAUGGUAAAGUUGUCACAAGACUGGGUAUCAGCCCUAAGAAUCCUGUGGGAACCGAAUGGAAAGAACUGGAUCUUUAUAACAGUUUCAAACAUGUCAGCUAUGAUGCUGGAUUCCUGUGGCUCAUUGCUGAGAAUGGGCGCGUCAUUAGAUGUCCCUAUCCUGAGUCUAUACUGUCAAGCCUGUUGUAAACCCAAAGAGCUCACAGUAAACCCUGCUUUAAAUAGUCACACACAGGGGAUUAUUUAUAAAAAUCAAAAAAUCUUUUUUUUUUAAAUCCACUCUGACCAAAUCCACAUGAGUUAUUUAUC